AUGACUUUCCCGAUAAGAAUCGUUUUAUUGCCAUCUAGCAGUCAUUCUUUAAACUACAAUGAACUCUUUAUUGCAUUUUUAAUUUUCGUAAAAUACGUCGAUAAACAAAAAGAGGCCGACUCAUUUAAAAAAAAAAGCAAUCCAUUAAUUUCGAGUUUUGAAAUUGCGUAA